UCACACACACGCACACACACACACACACACACGGUGAAGUUAGGAAGAGUGAAACAGCAGGACACUUGCUAGAUGUUCAGUUUCAGUGACCUUAAUCUCCAAAAUUUUCUGCUGCUGGGCCCUAGAGGGGGUGAGGGUGUGCUUAUUGAGAUCAUGUUGGCUGGAGCUCUUCUUCCUGAUGCAGCUCUGCUCCGGCUAUGAGCGAUAAGAAGCUUCAGGUAAAGCAGCCAGGUGUUCAUCCAGCGAUGCUGUGGAUCGGUGUGUCACUCGGCUCCCCUGGAUCAGUGGUCAGUCAGCAGCCCUGCUGAGAGAAGCCGGUGCCUUUAAGGAGAGUCUAGCCACCUCUGGAGUGAAGAGCCAGUUUUAAAUGGUGCUUAGGCUGGUGGGCUGCAGGUCUUCACAAGAAUUUGUAUCUCCAAACUGGGAUCUAUGAGCGCCAAGGCUGCAAAGACGAAGGAAGAUAAAGAUGCAAGCAAAGAGCCUCAGCUUAAGGGGAUCGUGACGAAGCUCUACAGUCGGCAGGGCUUCCACCUUCAGCUGCAAGCAGAUGGAACCAUCGACAGCACCAAGGAGGAGGACAGCAGCUAUGCUAUUUUUAACCUAAUUCCAGUGGGACUACGCGUUGUGGCCAUACAGGGCGUCCAGACCAAGCUCUACUUGGCCAUGAACAACGAGGGCUACCUGUACACCUCGGAGCACUUCACACAGGAGUGUAAGUUUAAGGAGUCUGUGUUUGAGAACUACUACGUGACAUACUCCUCGAUGAUUUACCGGCAGCAGUCAGGCCGGGGCUGGUACCUGGGGCUCAAUAAGGAGGGCCAGAUUAUGAAGGGAAACCACGUGAAGAAAACCAAACCAGCCGCCCACUUCAUCCCCAAACCCCUCAAAGCCUCUUCAAGGAGUUCCUGGAGGUGCUGAACAAUAGUUGCUGCUUUUCGUUUACACUGUGAAGCUCCAGCUCAUCCCAAAUCUCAGUUGGUUUUAGGUCAGGUGAUUGUAUAGGACAAAAACACUUUUUUGUGUACUGCGUAGUUCCAUGUGUCCCUUAAAUGUCUUUAAAAUGGAUCUACAAUGUAGAAAAUAAAUGAAAGAAAGAAAUAAAGAAAAAUAUUGAAUGAAAAGGUAUGUCCAAACCUUUGACAGGUACUGUAUAAUAAACAUAUAAAUUCAUGAGACAAGGGUCAGGUCAAAUUUGAUAUACAGUAUCAGUCCUUCCAUCCAUUCAUCCAUUAGUUGCUAAUGUAUGUUUUCUAAUCUGUGUGUUCAU